AUGAGCUUGUUCAAGAACAAAAAGAGAAAGAUAGAGAAGCAGCCCAAGGAAAGACUCCAAUGUGAGUAUUUCCUCGAAAAGAAAAACAGAAGAUGUGGAAUGACAAGAAAGAAAGACCAACGAUUUUGUUCCGAACAUAUGAUUCAUGAUAACAACCAAGAAAGGGUGCCAUGUCCAUUGGAUCCUAAUCAUACUGUGUGGACUAAGGACUUGCAAUCACAUUUGAAGAAAUGUAAUGCUCGACCAAAACAUGAUCCUUGGUAUGAACAAGACUUGAACGUCUCGUUAAAGAAUAGGACAGAGGAACAGUUUGAUCAUGAAGACUUAGCUGAGGAUGGGCUCUUUGACAAGUAUAUUCCAAUAUUGAAGUCUUUAGAGUAUGGCGAACUUCCGCUUAAAGUAAGUUCACAUCAAGGAUUAACUUCUAGAAUGGAAAUUGCAUCUCGUCAAAAACACGCAACACAGCAGGCAAGCUUGAUCGGAAAUUUGAAGCUGAUGAACUUGUUAAAUCCAGAUUGUUUCUAUGUUGAGUUCGGAUGCGGUAAGGCGGAAUUAUCAAGAUUUGUGAAUCUGUGUAUACUUGAAGAUAUUAAAUCUGAAGAUGCCACUUCUGACAACUAUGGUUUUGGGUUAAUUGAUCGUGGCGUAAAUAGAUUAAAACAAGACAAUCGAAUCUUGAAUGAUUGUCAAGACAAACUUAAACCAACAAUAAAAAGAACAAGGAUAGACAUAAAAGAUUUAGAUCUUGAUAAAUUCAUUUCGGAUGUAAGUCUAACAAAGAUAGUAAGUAUAUCCAAACAUCUAUGCGGUGCAGCCACGGAUUUAACUUUGAAGCUGUUGCUCAAUUCUUCCAUCUUUGAAAAUGGAAAAUUUGGUGGUGUUCUUAUUGCUAUGUGUUGCCGCCAUGUAUGUUCCUAUGACCAAUUACUCCCCCAGUCUAGACAGUAUUUGUCUGAACAUGGAUUUAAAACUGUUGAAUCAUUUAAUGUGCUCAAGAAAUUAGUUUCUUGGGCUGUCAAUACAAAGGAAGAGGAAACUGAUAAUAAAUAUGGAAUCAAUCCUGAAGACAGAGAAAGUGUUGGACUAUUAGCGAGAAGGUUGAUUGACGAAAGCAGAAAGUAUGCUUUAGAGAGAGUACUUGGUGAUAAGUACAAUGUUGAAAUUUUCAAAUAUAUUGAUCGUGAUACAACUUUAGAAAAUGUUGCUCUUGCUAUAGUAUCUAGAUAAGUGCAGUUAAUAUAUUUAUACAAAGUCUUCAUAGGGUAGAGGAGUGACUUUUUCUCAACCCAAUGUUUUCUCGUUGGACUAAAUUGUUUGGCAACCGAAAUAUAUUAUUUACAAAUGUAACACAGAAUAUUUACAAAUUUAAAGAAAAAUUCACAUGUAAUGCAUUAUUAGACGAUAUAGCGUAAUGGAGAUCCAAAACCGUUGGACUUAGUCUAUUCAACAGUAGAUAGUUUGUAUUUCCGAGCAAAAACUUUCGCAGCAAAUCAAACCAAUGCGGGUUUGCUAUUUCGGGACAAGCCGCACGAGAUGAUUUGUUUAAGCGUCUUUUCUUCCGAAGACAUUUGUUAUGAUCCUGGAUGUGAUUGUCAUUUACUUAACUCUGAAUAUAACCCAAUUGAUAUCACAAUUCAUUACUUUAGACUAGUAUUUGUAGCAACCCUUGAAUUGACCAAAAGUAGUUGUAUUUUUUUAUUUUUUUACUACGCCGAUGUGUAUAACUUGUCAAAUUCUUCCACUAUUUCUGGACAUGUUUAACUACAACAAUCGGCAUGCAUGCAAGACCUAAAUGGUGAAAACAACAACAUACAUUGGAAGUUUCAAUAUAUAUAUAUCACGCUUCUCUUUUGAUGCGAGGAUUACCUACAUAUACCUAAAAGAAAUAUGAUAAUACUUUAUUGCCUAUAUAACUUGAUAUACUAAAGAAAAACAGUCUCUAAGCUAGCUUAGAUCUUGGUUUCCUUAACACCAUGCUUCCAGAUAGCAACGAAAGGAGUAGUACCAUCUUCACGGUAGUUCAACAAAACAACCAUAGCAUCUGGGUCCAUAGAUUCACCAGUGUAGAAGUCCCAGUCACCGAAAGAACCCAAGACCUUCUUGACGUAAGCAGUAGCACCCUUUUCGAAAGCUUCAACUUGAUCUGGGUCGUUUUCAGCUAAGUAAGCCUUGACCUUCUUCAUGUAACCUUUGAUGUAAGUGGUGAAAGACUUCUUGUCGAAUUGAGUUUGUUGUAAUCUGAAAGAGUAAACAACGUUGUUGACGGUUUCAGCACCAUCUUCCAAGGCUUCGUCAGCAUCUUCAGCAGAUGGGUUGGCACCAAUAUCAAUGUCACCUUGACCAACAGUAACCAUUUGACAGUCGGCUUCGUAAACGGCACCGUUGACUAACUUGACGUCAUAAGCGUCAGAUAAUAAUUCGUCUCCAGAAAUAACGUCGGUAAAAAUAAUCAUUGUGAGAUAUCUACUUGUUCAAUUGCAAUUGCCGAAGAAAAGAAGAAGGAGGGAAAGAAGAGUUAAUU